GAAAACGAAACGAAAGUCCCCGGUGAACGCUGCUGGCCGCCGUUGUCCACAUGCCCGACAGCCCCGUUGCCCCCCGGCCGUCCGGCCCCCCAGCAGAUGGAGACGGUGCCACCGCCCCCAAGGAGACGGGACCCCAGCCGGGUACACCCUCGUGCUCCCCUCCGUCCCACCCUCCCGCGAUGGAAGAUGACUUCCAGUUCGUCCUUUGCGAGGGCUGCCGGCAGGAAUCGCCCAACCUCAAGCUCCUCACCUGCCUCCACACCUUGUGCCUCGAUUGCCUGAGCGAGAACAAGCCCAUCAGGCAGUGCCCCGUGUGCCGGACGGCCAUCCCGCAGGCCAGCGGCAUCCCCGACAUGGACAACCUGCUCUUCACCAACCUGCAGGCCAAGCUCAGCAUCUACAAGAAGAUCAGAGACAGCGAUGGCCCGAAUUGCAGCCGGUGCCGGGGGGAAUCGGCAACAGUGUGGUGCUCUGAGUGUGAGGAGUUCCUCUGUGCCAAGUGCUUUGAGGACCACCAGUGGUUCUUCAAGAAGAGGAGCCACGAAGCCAGGAAGGUGGAGGAGCUUCGUGCCGAGUCAGCCCAUCAGUUCCUGGAAGACACCAGAAAGUCCUGCAACCUCUUCUGCUCCCGUCCCGGUCACGCCGACCAGGGCCACAUCUCCAGCAUCUACUGCAAGAGGUGCGAGAAGGCGCUGUGCUGCUCGUGCGCGCUGCUGGACAGCCAGCACGCCCCGUUCUGCGACAUCCGCAGCGAGACCCAGCGCAGGCAGGAGGAGCUGGGCACCAUGAACCAGGAGCUGAAGCAGAAGAGAAGCGGCUUUGAGGCCACCUACGCGGCGCUGCAGGAUGAGGCCGCCCGGCUGGAGGAGGCGCAGCGGGAGAUGCGGGAGCUGAUCGGGCAGCGCGUGGAGCAGCUGGUGCGGCUGAUCCGGCAGGAGGAAGAGGAGCUGCUGGGGCUGGUGGAAGCGUGGCAGGAGCAGGGCCGGCGGGAGCUGGCGAGGGAGCUGCAGCACGUGGAAGGGGUGCUGCGGCGGAUGGAGGCGGGCGAGCGGCUGGUGGAGAAGAUGAGGCUCUACGCCACGGAGCAGGAGGUGAUGGACAUGCAGCCCUUCAUCAAGGACUCGCUGGACGAGCUGCAGCGGCUGCAGCCGCCGGCAGCUGGGGACCGAGCGCAGUCUGGGGACUUGGCCAAGUGCAGAGCCAGGCUGCAGGCGCUGGUGGAGCGUGUCAUGGGGCACCCAGGUACUAAUUCCCAAGCUGCCCCCCUGGUCGAUGUGGCCCUGGAGAAAAACCUGCAAGGGGAGCCGGUCCAGCCCAAGAGCCAGACCAUCUUGCCCACCUUCACCAUCAACCUUGAGGAGAUGCAGAUGAGCCCGGCUCUCUCCAUCAGCACGUGGCCUAAGCGGAUGUCGCGCUGCGUGGAAACAGGCAGCCAGAUCUCACCCAAGGUACUGAAGCUGGAGUAUGACAACAUGCCGGUCCCCAUCAAUCCCAGUUCAAACCAGUGGGAUGGCAGAAUGGGACCCAGAGCCUCCACGCCGAGCCAGAACUGCAGCAGCAUCCCUGCCACCAGCAGCCACAUUGAUGAUGCAGAAGACACAAGCAUCAUCAUCUCCAGCUCAGAGGACAGCUCAGAAGACACGGUGGCUUCCAGCAAGCCCAAGGACAGCAAGAAGCCCUCCAGCCCCACGUGGUCCGGGAGCGGCACCUCACCCCACCUCAGCACUGGCCCCACCAGCCCCUGGGACGACGGGUUGGAGCUGAGCACCUUGGUGUUCCUCAGCUUGAAGGUUGACCAGAAAACCCAGCUCAUCACAGAGGUGGCAGCAGUAAACAGAGAGCACACCUUCAAGACGCUGAUUCAGACACCCGAGUCGGUGCUGGCGCUGCUCUCCCAGGGCGUCCCCAUCGAGGUGGGGAUGCAGCACCUCCUCUGGUACCUCUCCCCGCUCCCCAGGCCCAUCCUCAUCGUCUAUAACUUCUGGGCACUGGAGCUGCCCGCUCUCUUUAAAGCCCUGGAUGCCACGGGCAGGAAAGUGGACUUCUGCCGUGUUGUGGGUGGUUAUGUGGAUAUGUUGUCCUUGAUCAAAGAAAAGCUGCCCAAGGCCCCUUCUUACAAGCUGAAGAACCUGCUGAGAAGGCACCUCCAGCAGCAGUUCAAUGAGGGCAGCGCGCUGGCCACGGCCAAGGCCUUGCAGGAGCUUUGGGGAGCCCUGGAGCUCCCUGCCCGUGCCGAUGCGGGGAUGAUGCUCACCCACUGCAACCUGCAGAGCUACACGAUCCUGCGGCCCCUGGUACAGGAGAAACUGCUCACCAGGAGGGCAGCCAAGAUCCUGGCCCGGCGCAGCCUCAUCCUCUGGGAGCUGGAAGAGGCGUGAGCACGACCGUGGGGUGAGUCAAGUUGGCCAGGUCUCAGGUUAACCG